AUGAAUAUUAAGCCUGAGGUUUGUUACAUUCGCGUUUGUGAAGAUGAAAGUACGCCUGUUGAAUUGCCUUUGGAGGAGGACAGUACGCUGCUCCUCAGUACGCUGACUGCACAGUUUCCUCGCGCGACUUCCCUAAAGUAUAACUCUGAGUCUGGUUGCUUGCGUGGUGUAAAAUUUUCUGAAGGCCGUAUAUUCCCCCCUCCAGAUGGUUGGCAAGAGAGAGUGUAUAAGAUUGUUGCAUCUUAUUCUAAACGAAAAGUCGACGAUGAAGAGGCUGGUAAUUUGGCGAAGACCAAGCGUCUGGAUGGCAGAAAAUGCACUGAUUUAAUUGUUCUUAAUCUACCGUGGAGAGUUGAUGAAGCUGCUUUAAAGUCAUAUUUCUCAAGAUAUGGAGAAGUUGUUAUGGCUCAGGUCAAAAGGGAUCCCAACACAACUCAGAGCCGUGGUUACGGUUUCAUUCGUUUUCGUGAGUAUGAUGCUCAGGUUAUGUGCCUUGCUGAGCGUCACUUUAUUGAAUCUAGGUGGUGUGAU